AUGGCGGAGCCGCCGAUCCCAGUGCAUGGUACCGCUGUGACUGCAGCCACCGUCUCGGAAAAAGAACCCUUCGGCAAGCUGCAGUCUCUCUCCGGGGACCCACCGGGUUCUCUGUCCGCCAAAAAGGUCCGGACUGAGGAGAAGAAGGCACCGCGGAGAGUGAACGGGGAAGGGGGCAGCGGUGGGAACAGCAGGCAGCUGCAGCCGCCGGCGGCGGUCCCUUCGCCUCAGAGCUAUGGCAGCCCCGCGGCUUGGAGCUUCGCCGCUCUGACUGCUGCCCCCUCCUCGUCUUCCUCUGCCCGGAGCAGCGUCUCUUUCUCCGCUGGCUCGGCCGCCCCCUCCUCAGCCUCCGCUUCCUCGUCUCAGCCGCUGCCGCGCAAACUGCUGGUCCCUCCUACGCUGCUGCACGCUCAGCCUCACCAUCUCCUGCUGGCGCCCUCCGCCUCCGCGGCCGGCGCCAAGCCGCGCAGACCCAAGGAGAAGCGGGAGAAGGAGAGGCGGCGGCACGCGCUCGGCGCGGCGGGCGAGGCCGUCGGGCAUAACCUUGAUAUAGUGUAUAUAGAUAAAAUCAAAGAACGAGACAAAGAAAAAGAGAGAGAAAAAAAGAAGCAUAAAGUAAUGAAUGAGAUCAAGAAAGAGAAUGGAGAAGUAAAGGUUUUACUGAAAAGUGGGAAGGAGAAACCAAAAAUUAACAUAGAAGAUUUACAGAUUAAGAAGGUGAAGAAGAAAAAGAAAAAGAAACACAAAGAGAAUGAAAAACGGAAGCGUCCAAAAAUGUAUAGCAAAUCUAUUCAAACCAUCUGCUCAGGAUUGCUAUCUGAUGUUGAAGAUCAAGAAGCCAAAGGGAUUCUAAGUGAUAGCAUAAAAGAUUACAUUGGAAAGAAUUUGGAUACCAAGAACUAUGAUUCCAAAAUUCCAGACAACAGUGAGUUACCAUUUGUCUCAUUAAAGGAGCCACGGGUUCAGAAAAACCUCAGAAGGUUGGACACUUUGGAAUUCAAAGAGCUCAUUCAUAUUGAGCACCAGCCUAAUGGAGGUGCGUCAGUUAUUCAUGCCUACAGUAAUGAACUCUCCCACUUGUCUCCUGUGGAGAUGGAGAGGUUUGCCGAAGAGUUUGUGGGACUGGUGUUCAGUGAAAAUGAAAACUCUGCAGCUUUCUAUGUCAUGGGUAUUGUUCAUGGGGCAGCUACUUAUUUACCUGACUUUUUAGACUACUUUUCAUUCAAUUUUCCCAAUUCACCAGUGAAAAUGGAGAUAUUGGGAAAGAAGGAUAUAGAGACAACGACUAUGUCUAAUUUUCAUGCUCAGGUCAAAAGAACAUAUUCUCACGGUACUUAUAGAGCUGGCCCAAUGCGACAGAUCAGCUUGGUGGGAGCAGUUGAUGAAGAAGUAGGAGAUUACUUCCCUGAGUUUCUUGACAUGUUGGAAGAUUCACCAUUUUUAAAAUGUACACUGCCAUGGGGAACCCUGUCAAGCCUAAAAUUAGAGAGUCGAAAAGACAGUGAUGAUGGUCCCAUCAUGUGGGUACGUCCUGGAGAACAAAUGAUCCCUGUGGCUGAUAUGCCAAAGUCUCCUUUCAAAAGGAAAAGAACUACCAAUGAAAUAAAAAAUCUGCAGUACCUACCUCGAACCAGUGAGCCCCGUGAGAUGCUCUUUGAAGACAGGACAAGAGCCCAUGCAGACCAUAUAGGACAAGGUUUUGAACGACAGACCACAGCUGCUGUUGGAGUGCUAAAGGCUGUUCACUGUGGAGAGUGGCCUGAUCAACCCCGAAUAACCAAAGAUGUAAUUUGUUUUCACGCGGAUGAUUUCUUAGAAGUAGUUCAACGAAUGCAAUUAGAUUUACAUGAACCUCCACUAUCCCAGUGUGUUCAAUGGGUUGAUGAUGCAAAACUUAAUCAGCUAAGAAGAGAAGGCAUCCGCUAUGCGAGGAUUCAGCUGUAUGAUAAUGACAUCUAUUUUAUUCCGAGGAAUGUUGUGCACCAGUUCAAAACAGUUUCAGCUGUAUGUAGCCUAGCAUGGCAUGUUCGUCUUAAGUUAUAUCACUCCAAGGAUGAAAAUUCUCAGAAUUCAGCCACUUGUGAAACUAACACAUCGUCCAACCCUACAUCCUCAGCUAUUGAAUCUCACACUGACAUGGUUUGUGCUGUAAGCAAAACCUCAGAGUCUGUUUUUUCAGACAAACUUCAUCCUAAAUAUGAAUUGCAGAAAAUGAAACAUGAACCUGUUUUAUCUGUAAGAAUCAAGGAAGAACCCAUGAAUAUUAAUGUUUCUGAAAAGACUAGAACAUCCAGUAAUGUGGAUGGCAAGAAUGUUAAAGCAAAAUUAGAUCAUGUUCAAUUUACAGAAUUUAAAACUGAGGUGGACUCUAAAUUUGAAAAUAGAAACAAAGAUUUAAAGGAAGAAUUAUGUGCUACAAGUCAUGUAAGUCUGAUUGAUACAAGGCAACAGAGUUUGGCACAUUCAAGUCAAGAUAGAAAAGAUGAUGACAUUUUGUGCUAAGUUUGUACAUACCACUUAAUAUUUUUUUUAAAAAAAGAUUUAAUAAUGUAAUAAAGAUUCAUGGAUUCUAAAAGCAAGCCAUGGACUUGCUCCCAAGUCUGUUACAAAAUAUAGUUUAUGUAGCUUUGUAACAUUCCUCAGUGCCUGUCCAUAACUGUGAAGUAUCCAAGCACUUAGGGCCAGAUGCACUGUAAACAUUGCAGGUUGAAACAUACAGUCUUUAGCUCAUUUGAGUUGUAAGUUUUAGUAUUGAGCUGACAUUAACAUAUAUAUAUAUAAAAUAUACAUAUAUAUAUUUUGUAAUAUGAGCCAGAAUUCUUUGACAAUUUAAGGCUUUUCCAUAGAGCUUAUUUAUACCAUUUUUUUAAAUGUGUCAGCACUGUAGUGUAAAUAGCUUUUAAAAAAAUCUUUUCAGUGUGAUUUAUUUUGAAAAGUGAACCACUUAAAGAUUCAUAACAAAUACUUUUUCUGUUGGGUCUGU